AUGCCCAAUGCUGUGUUUUCUGCUCCACUCUCAACUGGGGAAUGUACUCAGCAGUGGUUCCCUAAUCACAAACAUGGAUAAGUCCCUGAAGAUGUGAGGGCUCUUUCCUGAAAGCUGCCCUAUGAGUUCACCAAAGGAGUGGGGAAUGACAACUCUGUUGGUGGGCCAGUCUUGAUAGGAGUAGGGCCACAAUGCUUGUGAGAUGCCACUGGAUGAAGUCCCUCCUUUCCACUAAUUUAGGACUACUCCACAAGCACCACCCUCUGGAAUGCUCAGUGUGCAGAAUCUGGUGACCUCUUAUUUAGGUAACAAUGAGACAUAAUCCUUCAGAGGACUCCCAUUGGUGGAGAGAUGGGUAGGAGAGUUUCCUCUCACCAGAACACUAACCUGGGUGCCAAGGCCUAACCUUAUGGAUUCCCAGCAAGAGGAGCUGAGCCUUCCUGGAAUGUGGAUCUCCCUGUACUUUGGAUUCCUGGGGCUGUGUUCUGUGGUUACGGGCAGUUGCAUUCUCUUUCUGCACUGGAAGAAGAACUUGCAGCGGGAAGAACGAGCCCAGCAAUGGGUGGAGGUGAUGAGAGCUGCCACGUUCACCUAUAGCCCACUCCUCUACUGGAUCAACAAGCAACGGCUCUUUGGCAUGAAUGCAGCCAUUAAUACUGGCCCUCCCCCUGUCGUCACCAAGACUGAGACCGAGGGCCAGAAUCUGGAUCCUGUGUGGGAGUUGGAUGUCCCUGAAGGAAGGAGCUAUGCUGUGCAAGACACCAGCCCCAGAGUGGAAGCUCCUGGUCCCCUGCAGCCUGCGCUGGUGGUCUCACAGCAGCCCCUGUCCCCACCUAUGCCACAGCCCCAGAUCAAGUCCCCACUCCCAGUUCCUGUCUUUCAGGAGGUACCCUUUGCUGCAUCCCUCUGCAACCUUCCUCCUAUGCUAAACCACUCUGUCUCCUACCCCUUGGCCAACUGUCCUCAAAGGAAUGUUCACUUCCCUUCCCUCCCCACACCAGCCUAUGGAGUGAACCGCUUCAAUGCCAAGCCUUUUGCCUCAGAAUUGUAG